AUGGCGCAAACCAGCAGUCCUAUACCGAUCCACGGUUAUGGACAUGGACACGGACACGGACACGCAAAGAUAACAAAAUCACGAAGUCGACCAGCUGUAAAACCAAUCCUCAAGAAAUUACAGUCGCACUCAGAAAAGAACUCACUCGAUUUGGAUCGCGGUUGGGACGAACAAGGCCAAUUUGGUUAUUCCUCGUAUAAUGUCGACGGCGACGACUCGUCUUACACGGCAGGUGCCUCUGCACUGCCAACGCCUGCCGGCAGAGCCCGCGAUGUCAGCUUUUCAAUAUCGGCCACUGACCUCAGCAGUGGAGGAAACCGCUCAAACAAGUAUUCUCAUGCUCGUUCGACUAGCGGAAAUUCCCACGCUUCUGUAGCUACUUCUGCCAGUGGCGGUAGAAACGGUUCCUUUGUGCAUCCUUUCCAACAAACACCGCGAACCUCGACGCCUCCUCUAUCCUACGCCAACUCUCUCGCUUCUCUUGACAACACCAGUGCUCCUCGCGAUUACUCACCUACAAUCACCGAGAACGAAGACGACGUCGACUUGGAGUCUGUAAACCUACAAUCUUCGGCUCGUUCAUAUCCUCUGCAGCACUCAGCUCACCACCCUCGCCGACCCUCUCUUGCAAGUAACCGCACUAGCUCGCUAUCAGAUGUAAAUCAGCCUUUGCGAAUCACUGCACACGGCCGUACUUCUUCUGGUGUUUCUUCAAGAAAACCCCACAGCAUUGUAACUCGCAGCCGCUCCGACCUGCACCUCAACACAGACUCUACAACGGCUAUCGACUCUGCGUCGAGUGUCAGCCCACCAUCUGGCUCUUGGGUCUCCCCACAGAUGAUUGCUUCAUCUACCUCUUCAAAUGCUAUGUCCCCUUUGCGUAGCUCUCUCGACAUGAGUGGUUUCCGUCUCCGCUCGCGCAGCGAGGUUGAUACCGUGACACGCCAGGAGAACGUUCGCGAAGCUCGUCGCAAAUUUGAGGAGAAGGAGAAGGCCAAGGAGGAGAAGUAUGCUCGUGAACAGAUUCGCAAGCAGGAGCGCGCCGAGAGCCAUCGCUUUACCAAGAACAGCCGAAAGGGCAGUUUUGGAACGUCUCGCAUGUCGUGCGAUCGGGUGUCCACUAGCAUUGACAUUCGACCUACGAUCUCCCGCAAGACUACCGGCCCUAGCACUGGUGUUGGCUUAGGCUUGACCACCGAGAACGAAAAGGUCGAUUUCGCUGCGUCUAGCUACGACACUGCGCACAGGGGUACUACACCCGGCUCCAGAGCUGACGAUGUGCACUUCCAGUCAACGCACCGAAACAACACCGCUAAGCGAAAAACCAACAGUGCAUGGACUGCCUUCGUUCUGUGGCUGAGAACACGCCUGCUCAAGCUUGGUCGACGAUAG